AUGAACCGUCGUCUCUCUUCAAAUUAUUGCACAACCGUUUGUCAAAAAAGUGGCGUGGAAGUUCUGCGUGAUUUCAGUUGGAGCGCUAAAUUGGUUGAACAUACGAAUUUACUGUGGAAGAAUUGA